AAGAUGAGGCAGAUGAUGAGAGGAUGUCAUCCAGCGAGGAUAAGAACCCCAAGAAGGGCAAACGCUCCUUCAUACCCAAACUCCCAUCCUUCCGCCGCAAGAAGAACAACCCUUCCCCCGACGACACCUCCAAGUCCAAGUCCAAGAAGCAACGAAAUGAGAACUCAUCCAACACCAAGAUAUCCAUCGCCAAGGAAACCCAGACCCCAAAGGCAUCCCCACCCUUAUACCGUGAUAAAUCCACAUCUCAAGUUGUAGAUACCUAUAACCGAUGCUUGGCGGAGCUGAAGGAGGAGGAGGAGCAGAAUGGCAACAACCAGUCCAGGAUCAGGACAGCUCUGUCAAACAUCAACACGACGUCGGUAUUCACGACGUCAACGACUACCACCUGCUUCAUCAACCCUGAAUACGAGGGGGACAUUUGGCGUCUCCAGAACCAGAAUACAAAGAAGGGUACUGGUGGUGACGGUGAAGUCCAGGAGAUAAAUGCCAACGUCAAUCAGAAGCGAGCAGAAUCGCCGACCCAUAUUAUCCCUCUAAGUCCCGUAAAAACUAAUAGCUAUCAGCAUAUAGGCCGUUGUUCCUCUGUCACCAGUACCUUAAGCUCAGGAUCAUCCCUUAGUCUGUCCAGUCCGGGAAGUCUUUCCAAACUCAUAGGAGGGCCAAAGCCAUACAAGAGCGUGUUCACCGAUGAGCCAAGAGGGGUCAAACGUCAAGGAAGCACACCCUCUGACCUUGACAUCACCUCAAGCUGUGUGAGUGUGAGUGGGUCGGUUAGUUCCCUUUCACCUAUAGAUGAUGUGGCCACCAUAGUCACAGUCAAAUCUUGCAGUGUCCCAGGACUUCACCAAUACCCCAUCGUAGCUCCAGUAGAAUCUCUUAGCCCUGGUGUAAGCCCUAAACAUUCACAUUCCAAAAGGGAAGGAGCAUAUACUUAUGAUAGCUCAGGAUGCGAAUCUGAAGGCAGCUCUAAGGAGAAAACCCUGACACGAGGAAGUUAUGACAUCAGCAGUGCUGCAGAGAAGACAUCGAAAGAUGCCCCAGUACCUCAUACCCUUGUUAACUUGAACUUUGACCUGCAGGCUGCAGCGGCUGCGUCACCACAGAUCAAUGCCAACCUUCGGCGAGAGAGGCAAAGAGUGCUGGCAGGCAAAGCAAAGAGUGCGGUCGGGGAGCCCAGUCAGAACACUGUGACCAAGCGACAGGAAAGCCCCAGUAGUGCAGCAGCAAGGAGAGAGGAAGAGCUAAUUUCCCCACGCUCAGCUGCCUCAGCCAGCAGCGGCCCCACAAAUAACAACCCAGCAUCUGAGUCAAGGCAUGAGGCAUUGAUUCAACCAGCACAGCCUCACGUCGGCAGUGACAGCUGCUCAGGUCUCGCCCAACGACAGCAGUCGGCUAUCUCUACACCACGCACGUCAGCAGCGCUGAACACUCCGCAGCACUCCACGCCGUGCUCUCAAAUCAACAAUGCUGGUCAGACAGCUGGCCAGGAUCAAGAGAAGAGCGACGAAGUUGUCCUGACUCGCGUCCGAUCGGUCACGAGUCCCAUCCCUCUUAAGACUUCUCGAGCAUUGUAUGCCCUCUCUCACAUCCAACUCUCAGCCAUGCGGAACAAGCUGCGGUCAGAGUCAUUCGACUCGAGUGACCUGGACUCUUUAGCUUCAGAUGAUCUCAUGUGUGAGGCGGACAAUACCUUUCUGGACCCUUCGGAGGAAUCUCACUUGACACAAGGGAACGGUAUGCCUGGUGAACAAGGAUUCUCGCCCUACCCCAACAGUGCCAAGGGGAAACGACUCAGGAAUAACAGUAUUGAAUUCCUUGUGGCUAGCUUUGAUAAAAGGUAAAGUAUCCAAAUUCAUCUUGAUUUCUUACUUUUCUUGCCAGCACAAUGUCUAUAUUGAGCAUUUUCACAAUUCUCCUAAAUUAAAUUGUAUCAAAAUGCAUGCUGUUUGAUUGAUAUUUGCCAAGUCCUCUAUUCAUCUCAUUAAAAAAAUACGUUUUCCACAAGAUUUUUUUAAAGAUUUUUUUUUCAAAUAUACUGCAUGACAGGUAUAAGAAAUGUGAUGAUGUGUGGCGAGAUGGGAAUUUGACUGCAAAUGUGUAAAGUUUUUGUUCAGUUUGUUUGAUAAUUUUUUGUAUACACUGUAAAUAAGGCAUUUUUCAAUAUUCCCUUUAUAUUCAUUUAAAUUAGGUAAUAAAUAAAGCAUGACAAAGAUGAAAAUUGGUAUAUGUAUUCGUAAUUCCUAAAUCUGCAUUGUUUCCUCUCUCACCUACUCAAAUAAACUUAUACAAGAUGCAUGAUCUCUAUUAAAAUAAUGUUCAUACCAUUUCUUGGAGAUCUUUCUCCAAAAUAUAUAAAAUCAAUACAAAACAAAAACAUACUGCUAGAGAAAUAGACCUAGUAUUCAUUGUUGGAUACUAUAAAUUUGGUAGUCAAUUGGUUAAAGGAGAAGACUGGAUCAGCUAGCCAGAUCUCUGUGUAGGUCACAUGAGCUCCUGUUAACCCAUCGCCUACUGGCGCCUGGUGAUCCAUGUUCAAAGCCUAUGGGAAUUGCA